AUGGCAUCUGCACUACCCAAGAAUAAAAGUACUUCACUGACCAAGAAAACUGUUUGGUCAUGGCAAUCCAAUUCUGAUCCAUGGAAUGUUAAAGAGAAAAAAGAAUGGCAACGUUAUUCUGAUUUAACAAAUGAAUUUAUUGAAAAAAGAUUCCAGAGUGGUAAACGGGAAGUACAAUUAGAUCAGUUUGUUAUUGAUUUCAAACACAUGGUACAGAUGAGAAAAGACGAUAAAUAUCGACAGCGACCUGUGAAAAAAGAAGUAAUUGAAAUUGAAAAUCAUUUACGAGAAGAACGCUUCUGCUAUCCAGAGAAACCUAACAAACCGAAAUCGUUCGGUAGUGGCUCAAAUCGUUCACCAACAUUUGUGAGUCAAUGGGAUAAGAGCAUUGAAGACCGUACCAUUCCUCUAUCAGCAAUUGUCGAAAAAGCUUGCAAAGGUAUUUUAAAAGAAGGUGAAUCGAUAGGUCAAAAGUUUGAGGCUCAAAUGAUAGCUGAUCGAUUAAACAGUGUUAAAAAUGAAUCCAAAGAUGAGAUCUACAAAUGUUGUAUUCAGUUGUAUUCAAUGGAAUCAUUUCUCUACAAAUUAGUUAAUUCAACAUUAAGAAAUGAAGAUAUGAGUAAAUUUGAUUCAUUAGGGCCGUAUUGUUGGUUAUUAUGCAACUAUAUUCGAGAUUGCGGAAUUCAAGAUGAAUCACCAAUAGCCGUUUAUCGUGGUUGUACGUUGACAGAUGAAACAAUUAAACAAUACGAAUAG